AUGCCAGCCCUCUCUCGCCUCAUCUCUCCGUUUUUCCGAGUGGGAGAAAUCAUCUUCGCUGCGGUCGUCGCCGGUAUCAUCGGCUCAUACUUGCAUUCCUUCCAUCGUUGGCAACAUGUCCGUCGUUUCCCUCAGAGUCGCUGGAUUUACACCGAGGUGAUCGCUGGUCUCUCGAUGCUGUUCGGUCUACUGUGGCUUAUUCCCUUCUCGUGGUCGUUCUGGGCAUGGCCAUUGGACUUAAUCCUCUCGCUCGCUUGGUUUGCUUCCUUCGGUCUUCAGGUCAACUCUCUCGGAUCCCGCAACUGCGGUACUGCAUUCCAAUGGACCGGUUUCACCAGCGGCAACCCCUGUGGUCGCUGGAGAGCCGCUGAGGCAUUCAGCUUCCUCUCUGCCUGCUUCUGGAUGGCAUCUGCGCUCUUGGGCGUCUGGUUUACUUGCCGCAAGCGCAAUGAAUCCGUUGCUGGUGAUGGAGUUGAUGGCCGCCGCAAGUGGUACCGUCGUCAUGCCGUCUAA